AUGACGCGUCCCAUCCAGGUGAAGCCAGCGGACAGCGAGAGCCGUGGAGAAGACAGGAAGUUGUUUGUGGGGAUGCUGAACAAGCAGCAGAGUGAGGAGGAUGUGUACCGCCUCUUCGAACCCUACGGAGUCAUCGAGGAGUGCACCGUGCUCAGGGGCCCUGACGGAAACAGCAAAGGCUGUGCGUUUGUAAAGUACUCCACACACGCUGAGGCCCAGGCAGCGAUCAGCGCUCUGCACGGGAGCCAGACCAUGCCACCCGGCUCGCCUUCUCUCCCCCUCCAGGGCGCCUCCUCCAGCCUGGUGGUGAAGUUUGCUGACACAGAUAAGGAGCGCACGAUCCGCAGGAUGCAGCAGAUGGUCGGCCAGUUCGGGAUCUUCAACCCCGCCGUCGCGCUGCCCUUCGCCACGUACAGCAGCUACGCACACGCACUGAUGCAGCAGCAGGCCGCUCUCAUGGCUGCCUCUCACGGGGGGUACCUGGCCCCCAGCGUUGCAUUCCCGGCCGGUCAGAUCCACCACAUGGGGGGCCUGACCCUGAACGGGCUGCCGGCCGCGCCCAUGACACCUGUGUCGGGUGAGUUUCACGGGAUGCUUGGUCUGAGCUCUCCCCCCUCCAUCGCCCCCUCAGCAGUUCCCAGCAUCGUGACCCCCCUCGUGAACGGCUUCACCGGGCUCCAUCACCAGCCCAACGGGCACCCUGCCGUGGAGGCCGUCUACACCAACGGCUUGCCGGCAUACUCAGCUCAGAGCCCCAGUGCAGCAGACACCCUCCAGCAAGCCUUCACAGGGGUGCAGCAAUACACAGCGAUCUACCCAGCGGCCACCCUGACCCCCAUUGGACAGACCAUCCCCCAGCCCCCGCCUGUCAUCCAGCAGCAGCAGCAGAGAGAAGGGCCCGAGGGCUGUAACCUCUUCAUAUACCACCUGCCCCAGGAGUUCGGAGACAACGAGCUGAUGCAGAUGUUCCUGCCCUUCGGGGCAGUCAUCUCCUCCAAGGUGUUCAUGGACCGAGCCACCAAUCAGAGCAAGUGCUUCGGCUUUGUGAGCUUUGACAACCCGGCCAGCGCUCAGGCUGCCAUCCAGGCCAUGAAUGGAUUCCAGAUCGGCAUGAAGAGGUUGAAAGUCCAGUUGAAACGGCCGAAGGAUGCCAGCCGCCCGUACUGACAGAGCCGGAGAGCCAGCACUCCCUGUGCCAGCGCAGGCCCUAAGAAAAGAGGAGACAUCUUGGAGGAGUUUUACUUUUUUCUUUUAAAAAACAAAAACAGCUUCUUGGAGACAUAUCAGCGUUAAUUUAAGAAGGCGUUCCGGAGCAAAGCGAGAAGACGAGUCGAUACGCGACGGCGGAGAAUAAAUACAAACACAGGAACGAACGAACGAACGAACAAAACUCCGACCUGAAACUUUACUGCAGCUCUGUCUGCUGUCAAGACUGGAAUUUUUAAAUUAAGCAAAAAAAAAAAAAAAAUAGUCUAUAUAUAUGUAAAAAACAGCAGAGAGCUUGAGAUUUUUUGGUUUUACUUUACUGGACAAAUGAGGGUUAAAAUACUUGAAGAUUGCAGGAAAACAAGAGAGCGCCGUGGGAUAGAACGAAAGGAAUUGCUACUCCUGCAGAAGGACUGUCUGCCUGUCCCUCUGUCUGUGUCUCUCUCUCUCCUUGACAAGCUGAGGGGUCACUGAGGUUCACAAUCAAGUGUACAAUCCACAAGCUCUCCUUCUUUAGGGACCAAAGGACCAAACAUUUGUAUUGUUCUGAACUGUAAUGUAUAAUAAUACUAAUAUUGAUGAUGAUUAUAAUAAUAACACUGAUGAUUAUAAUAAUGGUUCAGGGUUUGGGGUGGAAGGAGGUGGGGUAUCUUUCCUUUAUCUUUAAAUGUUAUUGAGUUUCAGAAUGAAACGAAUUGCUAAUGCUAUAAUAGAAGAGUAUUUUAAAGCAGUGUAGUGGCGUAGAAUACUUUGAUUGAGAUUGAUCAGGGCAUGCUCAGAACUGCAGUAACAGUGACUCUUCAGUCAUGGGAAAUUUGUCUGUAUGAAAGUCUGAAGAGGUCGCUUCAUCUGGGACACGUCUUUUAGUUUUUAAAAGCACAGGAUGAAACCCUGCCGUCCAACAAUCCUACACAAACACAGACAAGGAGCAAGACGUGUGAACGCACGCACGCACGCACACGCACAAUCUCGCUCUCGCACACACAGAGACACAGACACAGACGCACGCACACGCACACGCACACGCACACUCUCGCUCUCGCACACACAGAGACACAGACACGCACACACGCACUCUCUGUGUGUCCUCGUACACCCAGUAGAUCACAAGCUAAUUUGUGGAAUUGAUGAUUAGAAAAUGGCCAGCUUUCAGCCAAGGUUCUAGCACCUAUUAACAUUGCUUCAGCAAGCUCUUCAGUGCCCACAUCCGUUUAACCCUGCGCUGGGAUGUUAAUUCUAAUACACACCCUCCCUUUAUGCAUUCCAGGUCCUGAUAAGGAAAACCAGCCAAGUGCGAUUUAUUUAACCCCACCCAUUUAAACAGAUGCAGAGACCGAGGUCAAAUGGGAUUUUACAUAGCACACAGCGCCACCACGUGGACAAACGAGGGUUAGGACAGACGUUCAACUGAAAUCCCAGACGCUGAAAACAGGAAACAAAGUAAAUAGGUGUUUCAUUCCUGCGAAUGUACCGCAGCGCUGCGGUGUGCAGUUUCUAUACAGCGUGUGUUAGGAAUAUAAACGCAACGUCGUUAACCAAGACACAACACUGCUAGAAAAGUGCCUCCCGGGUCCUCGGACUCACAGCAAUAAAAAGAGUCAAGGUCUGAGACUGGUGAAGAAGGAAUACAAAUUACACGCACACAGCUCUGGUUCCAGAAGUGCCACCCGAUUCUUAGCAUGCCAUUGCACAGCAGCUUAGUGCUGACCCAGCUGCUGCAGGGCCUGCUGCAGCCUUGCUCUUAAGGGACAGGAUUACACAGCUUGGACUGGGAAAGCGCACACAGCUGUAGGUCACAGGUUUCUUUUAUUUAGAAUCUUUGCACGCAUCCUGCUUCGCGGAGGCAGAUCUGCCCGUCAAAACAAACGAGUCUCACAAACCAGCCCACACGAGAGUCCACACACCACUGCUACACUGUUCCACCGCACGCCUCUCUCCUGUACUGUGAAUCGUGACCCUGGAAGAAGACGUGUUUCUGAUGAAGCCUGACGCCUCAGAUUAGUGCCGUAUCACGACCAAAUCCAUCCGCAUUUAUUUGAAUUCUUUUUAACUGAGCCAGGAAUGAGAGGCCUCCAAGAUUCUCCCUUAUAAAAGUUUCCCAGAGUAAGAGCAUAGCAAAAUGUAAUAAAGCACAGCGAAAGCAUGGUAAAGCAUAGGAAAGCAUUGCAAAUCACCAGAGAGGUCAGGUAAAGCAUAGGAAAGCAUUGCAAAUCACCAGAGAGGGAUGGUAAAGCAUAGGGAAGCAUUGUAAAGCACAGAGAGGUCUGGUAACGUGUAGGGAAGCAUUGUAAAGCACAGAGAGGUCUGGUAAAGCAUAGGGAAGCAUUGCAAAUCACCAGAGAGGGAUGGUAAAGCAUAGGGAAGCAUUGUAAAGCACAGAGAGGUCUGGUAAAGCAUAGGGAAGCAUUGUAAAGCACAGAGAGGUCUGGUAAAGCAUAGGGAAGCAUUGUAAAGCACAGAGAGGUCUGGUAAAGCAUAGGGAAGCAUUGUAAAGCACAGAGAGGUCUGGUAAAGCAUAGGGAAGCAUUGUAAAGCACAGAGAGGUCUGGUAAAGCAUAGGGAAGCAUUGUAAAGCACAGAGAGGUCUGGUAAAGCAUAUUAAAAAACACGACAAACCAGGGUAAACUUUGGUGAAUGCACAGCAUAAGCAUGGGAAAAGCGUGGGAAGGACUGCUGAAUGACCAGGGAAACUUUCACAAGGGCUAGCACAGGGUGUUGGGGGCUGUAGUGGGGUGAAUGAUCACAAGCCUGUCGAUACUAUUAAUACUGCCGACACAAACACAGGUUUGCCACGCUGGUCCCAGCACAGCCCUCACUCAGACAGCACUGUCAGUAUUAUGCUGUGGUCCGUGACUGUCCUUACAUUACAGCCACCGUUCUGGUUUGAUUAAUGCUAAGAGAGCCGUGUGAAAUUCACACACAGUCAUGAACCAGAUACAUAUUCUGCAGUUAUUAUACUUCAGGCUACCAAGACCAGUUCAAGAUACUUUAGUUUUUUGGUUGCUAUGGCUACGCUACCUCCAUCCAUGAUCAUUCAUUUUCUGAGCAUGCUCAGUAGAGGGGGGGUGGUAAAGAUUGUUAUUAUACUAUGAAGAAGAGUAUUCCUAACUAUGGUUUGAACGCUAAGAAAAAAAAAAAUAAAGCUUACUAUAGAUCUCAAAUCUGUAUAUUCCGGGAAAAUUAUCAGCACAGAACUUUUUUGGGGAACUUAUUAAUCGUGUUAAAUUUUUGGUUUCUCAGCACAAAAAGAGGCAUUAUUAAUUAUUAUUAUUAUUAUUAUUAUUAUUAAAUAUAUAUAUGUUUAAUAUAUUUGCUUGUUGCACCUGAAAUGUGACCCGGUUUCAGUGUUACUACAGAUGCUGCAACACAGGAGGCUACAGUAUAAGGUUUAAAAAAAAAAAAAAAAAAAAAAAAAGCAGCGCCACCUACUUGCUGGGUGACCACAUUGCAGCAAUCAAAGAAGUAAUGGAAUUAUGUUUUUAGGAAUAAAAAAAAAAAAAAAAAAUUAUUAUAGAUUGAGAAACCAAACAUGUUUUUAUUUUAGGUUUAAUUUAAACGUGCUGCUUUAACUUAUUAAUUUAUGUAUUUAUUUAUUUAUUUAUCAUUUAUUUUUAUUUAAUUUGUCAUGAAGAGUAUGUAUUUAAAAAAAAAAAAAACAAUGUUCAUUUUUUUUCCUGUUUUCAUUUAUUUAUUUGUUUAUUUUUUAAAAUUUUACAAUAAAAAUUCAAACCGGA